AUCCUGCAGUACAAUGAAAACAGGGUUGGUUUGUAGAUAGACGGGUGAUAUUACUGAUCGGUUGCCGUUAUGGAUAUGUUCUAGUACCACGUGUUAUACCGGGCAGUGUUGUACGCAGCACGGAAACAAGCGUUGCCUGAUAGGCUCUACUUGGGGAACAAUAAAUCACAUUCCUCGCGCAUCCCUGCUGUUUGGGACAGAACUAGCGAUCAGCACGCGGAUUUCUACAAUAGUGAUUUUAGGCGUAUUUAAAUCAAACAAACAAUUACAGUAAAUUUAAGAUCUUAGAGGCUUAGGAGAAGAUGCAGGGUGACGCGCGCUACCUCAAACGCAAAGUGACUGCGGGCAGUUUGGAUGUCCAUCCCACGGAGAAGGCCCUUGUGGUCCACUACGAGGUGGAGGCGUCCAUCCUGGGACAGGGUGGAGGACACAUGCUGGGUGAUCGAAAGGAGGGACAGAAAAUUAUCCGAGUGAAAAGCCUUUCCCCGAGCACAGAUGUGGGAGCCUUGGCCAAGAAAGUGGUGGAGGAGUGUAAACUCAUCCCUCCUUCCCGUUUGCCCCAGGUGGAGCAGCUCCUCUACUACUUGCAGAACAGGAAGUCAUCACCAGUGGAGGGCAAAGGGGAGAAGAAAGAGAAAAGAACAGUGAGACCCAGAGAGCUGACCCCGUUUGAAGGAAUGGAGCUCGAUGAGGAAGCCAGUAUUACCAGAGUGGAGGAGUACAUCGAGCUGCUGUACGAAGGCAUCCCAGAGAAGAUCAGAGGCUCUGGUCUCAUUCUGCAGCUCGCCCGUAACCCUGACAACCUGGAGGAGCUGCUCCACAACGAGGCAGCCCUGGGUGCUCUGGCCAGAGUGUUGAGGGAGGACUGGAAACAGAGCGUAGAGCUGGCCACCAUCAUCAUUUAUAUCUUCUUCUGUUUUUCCAGUUUUUCCCAGUUUCACAGUGUGGUGAGUCAUUAUAAAAUAGGUGCACUGUGCAUGAGCGUGGUGGAACACGAGCUGAAGAGAUACGAUGUGUGGCGCGAGGAACUACGCAAGAAGAACAAGGCCUGCGAGUCAGCCCCGGAGAACGGCUCUCUGAGAAGAGACCAGGACAAAGCCGUGAGGAAGUACCACAGUCUUCUGUCAAAACAGGAGCAGCUGCUCAGAGUGUCCCUUUACCUCCUGCUGAACCUCGCUGAGGACACAAGGACUGAGUUAAAGAUGAGGAAUAAAAACAUUGUUGUCCUGCUGGUCAAAGUUCUCGAACGGGAUGACGAGGAACUUCUGGUCCUGGUGGUGUCCUUCCUCAAAAAGCUCUCCGUCUUUCUAGAGAACAAGAACGACAUGGCUGAGGUGGACACUGUGGAGCGCCUGGCUCGCCUGCUUCCCUGUGACCAUGAAGACCUGUUGAACCUCACUCUGCGUCUGCUGCUCAACCUCUCCUUUGACUCUGGCCUCCGAGCCAAGAUGGUGGAAGUUGGACUGUUACCUAAAUUAACGGCCUUGUUGGGUGAUGAGAACAACCGACAGGUUGCCAUGCGUAUCUUGUAUCACAUCAGCAUUGACGACCGCUUUAAGGGCAUGUUUGUUUACACUGACUGCAUCCCUCAGCUAAUGCAAAUGCUGUAUGAGCUCGGUGAGGAGGAAACUGAAGCUGAGCUCAUCUCCAUCUGCAUCAACCUGGCUGCCAACAAGAGGAACGCACAGCUCAUGUGUGAAGGAAAUGGGUUGAAGAUGCUUAUGAAGAGAGCUCUAAAGAUGAAGGACUGCCUUCUGAUGAAGAUGAUCAGAAACCUCUCUCAGCAUGACGGACAAAUCAAAUCCUUGUUCAUCGACUAUGUUGGAGACCUGGCUGCUGAGAUCCGUGCAGAGGAAGAGGAGGAGUGGGUUCUGGAGUGUCUCGGGACGCUGGCCAACCUCACCAUCCCUGACCUGGACUGGGAGUUGGUGCUGAAGGAGUACAACCUGGUACCCUACCUCAAAGACCGACUCAAACCAGGCUCAGCGGAGGAUGACCUCAUACUGGAGGUGGUGAUUAUGAUUGGAACAGUUUCCAUGGACGACGCCUGUGCUGCCAUGUUGGCAAAGUCGGGCAUUAUUCCUGCUCUCAUCGAGCUCCUAAACGCCCAACAGGAGGACGAUGAGUUUGUGUGUCAGAUCGUCUAUGUCUUCUAUCAGAUGGUGUUUCACCAAGCUACGCGGGACGUCAUCAUCAAGGAUACCCAGGCUCCAGCCUACCUCAUAGAUCUGAUGCAUGACAAGAACGCUGAGAUCAGAAAAGUGUGUGACAACACCCUCGAUAUCAUUGCAGAGUACGAUGAGGAGUGGGGGAGAAAAAUUCAGUCGGAGAAGUUCCGUUUCCAUAACAACCAGUGGUUGGAGAUGGUGGAGAGUCGGCAAGCUGACGAGUCCGAGCCCUAUCUCUACGAUAAUGACGACAGGACGGAUCUGUUCUACAGUGCAGAUGGAAUCACUCCAGGAGACGGUUCAGUGAGUCCAGACUUCUUCAAUGACCUCCACACUCAGAACGGAGACUUGCACCUUCCAGGAGAUGGCAGCGAUGUCUUCGACCAGACCAGCUCGUCAACCCGCCCAUCUACGGCCUACGGCUUCAGACCUGAUGAGCAGCCCUUCUACCAGUACUCAUAGGCCCCCCAGGACCAGCUGACCUCUUAGACCCAUUCCACAUGACCUGCCGCGUGUCCACUGCUAGUACACGUCCUCACACAGAGCCCUUCACACCACUGAUGAGGACUUAAACAUUUGGAACGAGGUAGUACUUAAACUACAGCUCCCUUUCAUUGCUCGUUUCAAUCUUUCCCUUUAUAUACCAGUAGGAGUCUUCCUUACACACUGGCUACAGGCUCCUUAUGGUGGUCAGUUUUGCGUUUAUUGAUGAACGCCUUUUCAAAUCCUCUGAACAACAAUCCUUAGCCAAAUGUUCCUCUAUCACUCUGUCUCCAUGCUAACCUACAGGGUCUCACUCACAUGCACCACCAGGUUCAUAGCGGUCUUUUCUCCAUGUCACUGUAAAUGGGCACAUUGUUAGUGAUCCUCAUCAUCUAGGGUGUUUUCCCACUGGUGAACUUGUGUUGAAGCCCAAACAAAAACCUUCAAUUUAGGGUUGUAACUAACGAUUAUUGUGAUAAUCGAUUACUGUACAUGACAGCAUUAAGUGUGUGUGCAAUGCUCGCUCACGUCUUUGCUUGCCAACAUUUCAAAUUGAUCGAUUUUUAUCGAUUUCAUUGAUACGUGGUUGCAACCCUACUUCAAUUGUAAAAACACCUUCCCAGGACAACCCUCACGAAGCCCUAAUUAUUCCCUAGAAGUUCUAAGCUAUUUUAUUUUCGGUCCACCUGGUGCAUUGUGCGUAUCCAACCACAAUAACACUAGGUCGGACAUAUGCUAGCAUGUUGUAACUGUUCUUCAAAUGUUAGAUGGACUGCACGUGUGUAGAGCUCUUCUUUAACGCCAUGUGUUGUUUCAUACGGACCUGAGGGAUCACAGCAACACAAACAGCAAGCCAUUGUACACAAGCAGUGUUAUUUGCACAUAGCUACAUGUUGAUGCAUGGUUAUGUUUUCUUUUUAUUUUCUAAUUUAUUGUUAUCUGUAUUAUAUUGUGUUUUUAUAAUAGUAUUCAUUUGUUGCUACUUAACAAAACCCUGUAAACGUGUUACUGGACAAUACAUAACCUGCACCGUGUUUCCUCCUCAGGUUUGUUAAUAAAAACAUCAAUGCCA